UGGGUGGGUAUUGCCCACCUACACUCAUGAAGCCAGAGGUGAGCCCGAAAGCUACUAUAAAUUCCUCACAUCUGCAAAGUGCCCCUCGGCACAACCUGGUUUAUGAAGGCCUAGACAUCAUCACCAACAAGGUUUCUGCCCAAGAGCAGAAAAUGUGCCAGCACCACAUGAUCAGCUUUGUGGAUCCUCUUGUGACAAAUUAUACAGUGGUGGACUUCAGGAACAAGGCAACUGCUCUGAUUGAAGAUAUAUUUGCCCGAGAUAAAAUUCCUAUUGUUGUGGGAGGAACCAAUUAUUACAUUGAGUCUCUGCUCUGGAAAGUUCUCAUCAGUGCAAAGCCCCAGGGGAUGGGCACUGCGAAAGUGAUUGACCGGAAAGUAGAGCUUGAAAAGGAGGAUGGUCAUGCACUACACAAACGCCUAAGCCAGGUGGACCCAGAAAUGGCUGCCAAGCUGCACCCACAUGACAAGCGCAAAGUGGCCAGGAGCUUGCAGGUGUUUGAAGAAACGGGAAUCUCUCACAGUGAAUUUCUUCAUCGUCAACAUGCAGAGGAAGGUGGUGGUCCCCUUGGAGGCCCUCUGAAGUUCCCUAACCCAUGCAUCCUCUGGCUUCAUGCUGAACAGACAGUUCUAGAUAAGCGCCUGGAUAAAAGGGUGGAUAACAUGCUUGCUGCUGGGCUCUUGGAUGAACUAAGAGAUUUUCAUAGACGCUAUAAUGAGAAGAAAGUUGCAGAAAAUAGCCAGGACUAUCAACAUGGUAUCUUCCAGUCAAUUGGCUUCAAGGAAUUUCACGAGUACCUGAUCACUGAGGGAAAAUGCACACCAGAGACUAGUAACCAGCUCCUAAAGAAAGGUAUUGAGGCUCUGAAACAAGUGACUAAGAGAUAUGCCCGGAAACAAAACCGAUGGGUUAAAAAUCGUUUCUUGAGCAGACCUGGUCCCGGUGUCCCCCCAGUAUAUGGCUUAGAAGUAUCUGAUACCUCAAAGUGGGAGGAGUCUGUUCUUGAACCUGCUCUUGAAAUCGUGCAAAGUUUCAUCCAGGGCCAGAAGCCUGCAGCCGCUCCAGUAAAGAUGCCAAGCAAUGAAACUGAGAACAAGAGAAGUUAUCACAUGUGUGACCUCUGUGAUCGAAUCAUCAUUGGGGACCGUGAAUGGGCAGCACAUGUGAAAUCCAAAUCCCACUUGCACCAGCUGAAGAAAAGAAGAUUGGACUCAGAUGCCAUCACCACCAUUGAAAGUCAGAGUAUUUCCCCAGACCGUGAUGAAGAGCUUGAAGAAAAGGGAUCUCUAGGGCAGAAUGAUGAAGAGCUGAAAUCCAGCAUUUAAGGGACUUGUCCAGUGGCCUUUGCAAAGGUGAUAGGGAUCCAGUCCUUUCAUUCAGUGAUGUGGCUUUAAAGUCUCAUGCUCUGUCAUGGAAACAGCAGGUCUUGUUAGCUCCUUGUGUAGCUGAUGUGUCUGGUCUGGUAAUGAUGAGUUUGGAAGGGAUUUUUUUUUCCUUUUAACUUUAAAGGUUCUAUUUUUAAAAGAGGCACAGAUUGUACUUUUUACACUUGAUCUUUUGGUGAUGAGUACCAGGAUUCACUGUAUCCCUUAAAAAAGAAGUUUUAUGUCCCUGACUCUGGCUGGAAAUAUUCUAAUUCCAGACACUGUUAUGGAUGACUGAGUUAUUGUGAACCACGAUUCAGGAGUUCUGGAUUUGAAUGAAUGGCAGGAAAGGAGCAGCCCCAGUGAGAUAAUCAAGUGAAACCAAACCAGUUUUUGGAAUUCCAUCGAGGAGAGACUCAGACUGAGGUGGUUGUAACAUGGGACUUGAAAACUGAAGACUGACAUUUGUUGAGCUCCUCCUGGGUGAUAAUCGCUGCUUUUUAUUGAGUUAGAAAUCUAUAUUUUUACUGAAAGUUAAAUAAAGAGAAAAUUUGCAGGAGCCCCUCUAGUCCUGAAAAAAUGUUUAUGUUCAUGUCUAGCUUAUGUACAGUAUGCUUUGUUUUCAACAUGAGAGCUUCUUCUCAAAGUUAACAUUUAAUAUGCUGUCGAUUUAUUUUUUUAGCAAAUGUUUAUUCCUGAAAGACAUCUGGAGAGAGUCUUUUAUUGGAGAUUUGUUAUUUCUAGUUGAAGCUCUCUUACUGGAGUGACCUGAGCUACCAACAAUGUGAGUAUAUGUAUAUAAUGAAUGUAACGUAAAAUUAAACAUUAUUUAGGUAGGAGAAUAUCAAAGGCCAUAAGAGCUGUGUAGAAUUUCACUUUGGAAGGAAAAGGUGAGGGAUCAUGAAAGAAGGAGCAUUUCUGCUGGACCUUAAAAAGCAGUUCUUGGUGAGUGUAUUGUUAGCUAUGCAUACAAGGAGAGGGUAGAGUAAAAGAACUACCAGGCUUGAUUGACCCACUGUUUGGUUUUCUUCUAAUAUUUAAAAAAAAGUUUUUUCACUAGAUUUUUUUUUACGUAGUUCAAAAAUCAAAAUGAUAUCAAAAGACAGACAUUCAUUGAGAAAUCUUAUUCCUACCUCCAUCCCCUUCUUCUCCCAUAGAAAAUCACUUACAGUUCUCUUGAGGUUUUUUUUUAAGUAAAUACAAAGAAAUAUAAAUACAUAUUCUUAUUUUUUCCCCUUACCUAAAAGAUAGCAAAUAGCACAUACCAUCUUCUUCUGUCACCUUACCUGUUGGCAUUACCUGGGUAUGCAUGAGUUUCUCCUGCCUCCUCUGGCAGGUCUGCUUCUGUUCUUUACCACCCACCUGAAGGUCCCCUAGUUGAUCCUAGGCCAUAAGUGGGGUUCACUCAUCUUCGUGUACUGAAUUUCAUUCAGAUGUCGGGAGUUAAGCCAAAACCAGCCUCUGAGGAAUUCUCAAGCUAUGACCAGUCCUUUCAUUCAGCUAGCAGAUAUUUUAGAACUUACUGUGUGCCAGGUUCUGUGCUAGACUCUGGGAAUUCAGUGAUCAAUAAAGUCCACAUUGAUCAAAUGAUUACAGAAUUACAGCUGGAAUAAGGGCUGCAAAGAAAGGACACUUUACUGUAAGUGGAAGUAAUCUGUGGCCCUGCCCUACCUUCGUAUGGGAGCGGGGCGGGGAGAGAGAAAGAGAGAGAGAGAGAGAGAGAGAGAGAGUGUGUGUGUGUGUGUGUGUGUGUGUUGGGAGGCAUGUGUCAGGGUACGUGGUGUGGCACAGCAGGAUGCUGGGGUCAGAGUCUGGGGCCAAGACUGCACAUAGUACCAUGUGAUCUGGAAAGAUGGCGUUCUCAACUUCAGUGUCUUCUCCUCUCCCUCCAUUCCUAGUCUAUGGGAUAUCCUGGGCACCCUUGAGUUUUAUUGAGCCUUACCUAUGUUAACUGAUCUGAAUCUCAAGGAUAAAUGUGUUCUCUGGUCAAAGAAGAAAAUGUCAUUGUACCCACCUCAUCUUAUUCCUUGCAGUUAAACAUGGUGUAAUUUUCUGAGUUUACUAACUACUUCUGGAGCUAAUGGGGUGGGAAGCUGCAUCUUCUCAUCAGAAGUGGAGAUGAGUACUUAUUGUGAGCCAAGCAGGACCAUGCAGUUUAUGUGUGUUAGCUUCUCACACAGCCCUGGGAGAGAGCUGCUGUUUCUGUAUGUGUUAACCAGUCUGGAAAUGGGCUCAGUCAAGGCAUCCAGCUAGUAAUUGGCAAAGCUGAAAUUGAGGUGAGGCCACAGAAUUCAGAGUUAAAGCUGCUGAGCACUGUGUUAAACUGGCUGUUUGUUUGUUUGUUUGUUUGUUUUAACACCUUUAUUGUGGUAUAAUUCCUGUGCAGUAAACUACACAUAUUUCAGUUGUACAAUUUGAUUAAUUUUGAUAGAUGUAAACAACCACCACAAUCAAGAUAGCUAACAUUUCCAUCACUCCCCAGGAGGUGCAAAUUUUGAAUUCCCAGUUUGUCCCUUCCCACCCCUUUUACCCCCUGGUAACUGUAAGUUUGUUCUCUAUGUCUGUGAGUCUGUUUCUGUUUUGUAGAUAAAUUGAUUUGUAUCCUUUUUUUUAGAUGCCACAUAUAAGUGAUACCAUAUGAUAUUUUUUCUUUCUCUUUCUGAUUUACUUCAUUUAGAACGACAAUCUCCAGGUCCAACCAUGUUGCUGCAGUGCAUUAUUUUAUUCUUUUUAUGGCUGAAUAGUAUUCCGUUGCACAUAUAUAUACCACAUCUUUAUCCUGUCAUCUGUCAAUGGACAUUUGGGUUGUUUCCAGGUCUUGGCUAUUGUAAAUAGUGCUGCUGUAAACAUUGGGGUGCAUGUGUCUUUUUUUUUUUUUAACAUUUUUUAUUGAUUUAUAAUCAUUUUACAAUGUGUCAAAUUCUAGUGUUCAGCACAAUUUUUCAGUCAUACAUGGACAUAUACACACUCAUUAUCACAUUUUUUUCCUCUGUAAUUCCCUGUGCUAUACAGUAUACUCUUGUUUAUCUAUUCUACAAUUUUGAAAUCCCAGUCUAUCCCUUCCCACCCUCCACCCCCCUGCAUGCAUGUGUCUUUUUGAAUUAUAUUUUCCUCCAGAUAUAUGCCCAGGAGUGGGAUUGCUGGAUCAUAUGGUAAGUUUAUUUUUAGUUUUUUAAGGGACCUCCAUACUGUCCUUCAUAGUGGCUGCACCAUUUUACAUUCCCACUAAUAGUAUUGGAGGGUUCCUUUUCCUCCACACUCUAGCAUUUAUCAUUUGUGGACUUUUUAAUGAUGGCUGUUCUAACUCCUGUGAGGUGAUACCUCAUUGUAGUUUUGAUUUGCAUUUUUCUGACACUUAGUGAUGUUGAGCACUUAUUCAUGUUAAGCUGGCAGGUUUUAAGCAGGAAUGUUAGUCUCUGAGGUGCUCUUUAUUCAAGUUGCUAAACAAAUUUUAAAGCUUAAAAAAGGUUUCAGUGAAGAAGCAGGAAAAACUAGUUUCAAUAAUCCUUCCUUAAAAAGUCUUUAAUCCAUCCAUCUGAAAUACCUGGAGCAGCAGCUUCUCAUUGAGCUCAUUGCUAUCUCUGUGGCAGUUGGAAAUCAGGGGUUUCUUGAAAGAAAAAAUCAAAAUGCCCAAUAUUUAUGAAGCAUUUACUUACUAAGUUUAAGGCAUUGUGGCUGUGCCCACUUCCCCUAUUCUUAGAAGCUGUAGAUUCAGCAAGAUAAAAUUCUCUUACCAGCAGCAGAGAACCUGGGGAAGGCAGAACAUUCACUAGGAAUCUCCUUGGUACUGUGAUCUGAGGCACUGCCCUGAGGUAGGUAGAUUUCCCUUCGUCUGCCUGCUGCCCUCUGAAUGACUUUGCUGUUGUGUGUAGGGAAGGAAGUAGUUCUGCCUAGUGAUUGUCAUAAAUGUAGAGAUGAAAUGAAAGGAUCCUUUGCACCUUCUUGUACAGGUGGGGAAACUAAGACCCAAAAUGCAGAUGUUCCACAGUCACAGAGCAAGUUGUGGCAAAGCUGGCACAAACCUCAAGUCUCCUCUCUCACUCAAGCUACCAAAUCUCAUACGAAUUUCCUUUGAGAGCAGGAAAGGACCAGCUUUGGGCAUUUUGUUCAGCCUGAAGUGAGGAUGAGGAGUGCCAUUUUGUACCAUCUGGCCUCAGAUAAUCACCAGAUAAGCAGAGCCCUUCAGUCCCGGUAACCAGAGUCUCCAGUCUAUGGCAGUGCUAUCUAAAUGGCUUUGGUAAUUAAUUCCAACACUCAGUAAGCUAUUAGGUCCAUCUACCUCUGUCAGUAAAAAUCUUUCUCCCCUCAGUUUUAUUGAGAGAUAAUUGGCAGAUGAAGUAAAAAUCUUAACUAGGCGUUAGACACUUUUUGCAGUUCAGACAGUGCUAUUUUAAGUAGGUAGGAAAUACUUCAACCUUGGAAAGAGAAAUGGCUGCUUAGUCUUUAAAAUAUUUGGCUUGUUUUUUAGGGCUUAGCAAGAGAACAUUUCAUGUAUAGUCUAGGUACAUGGUUUGAGCCUUUGUAAUUCUCAGUAAUUAUUUUUAUUCUUAAGUUUCGCAUUCUACAAAAAGAAUUUUUUUUUCUGCUUAAAACACAGCACAACAUUAAAAAAAAAAAAAAAACCGGAAACACUAGAAAGUAAGCUUUUAUGAAUGCAGGAACCUCUCUAUAUAUCCUUAGUGUCUAGAAAGUCAAAUAUUUGUUGAAUUGAUUACGUGAAAACAUCAGAGUUAAAUGGGUUUCUACAUAAAUAUGCUUCAGUCAUUAAAUAGCCUUUAACUAGGCUGAAGAAAUCUUGGGAUGGUAGUCACAGGAAGGAAUUUCAUUAUUUGAUUAUCACCUACUUGGGCAGUUAGGGCUGUUUUCUGAAAAGAUGGCUAACUGGUUAUUUGUAAAGCUAUUCUGAGUCUGUGCAAAGGACUCUGCAUGGUUAUAUGAGUUAGGGUAAAAGGCUAAGCUGCCGUAACAAAGAGACUCAACAAUACAGUGGCUUAAAGAACAAAGAAGUUUGUUUCCUUCUCAUGUAACAACUCUGAGGGGAGUUAACAUUUCCGAAGUGAGCGGUCAAGGUCAGUGGGGCAGCUCUGCUCCAAGCGGUCAUUCAGGGACACAGAUUCCCUAUAUCAUGUUGCUUCUCCACCCUCUGGGGGGCAUUGUUAGCACCUGCCUGGUUGAAGUUGGGUCAUCACUGGUGGGAAGGGGACAAAGAGCAUGGAGGAGGCACACCAGAUGCCUUAAGGCCUGGACCUUGCAGCAGCAUGCAUACUUUUGCUCACUUCGCGUUGGCAAGAACUUAGUCAUACGGCCACACCUACCUGCAAAAGAGGCUGAGAAAUGCAGUCAAACCACGUGCCAAGAAAGGAUGGGAGAACAGAUUUUGGUGGGCAACUCGCAGUCUUCACUAAAUUAGUCUUGUGGAAAGAACACUGGUUUAACUAAUUAGCUCUGAUAGCUUGCUAGGGGCAAAUCUCUUAUUUCUCCAUCUGUGAUAUCAAUGAGUUGUAUGAGCUGACCUCUGAAAUAUUUCAAAAUGUAAAGAUUGACAAAAUCUUGGCUGGUAAGAUUUUAAGAUGAGAAUAAAAAGGUGUAACAGUGAACAUGAGACUGAAUGAGCCUUAGGGCCAAUGGCUAACACUCUAAAGAUGGUGGGGAGGAAAGAUAGAAGGUAUUUUGACGGCAUUGUGGAAUACCUGAGCAAAGGGCCAUAACCAUCUACCUCCAGACUUCUUUUGAUGUGGGAAAAAAAAGAAAGAAAUUGUUACGUGUACCUGCAGCUGAAGGCUUUCCUAUCUAUUAUGUUGUCUGUGUGUCCCUGGGAAAAUUGCUCAAGCAGCCUGAGUUUCCUCUUACGAGUUGUUACCUCCAUUCCAGGGGACGUUGAAAGGAUUAAAUGAGAUCCUUUUGAAAGCAGCAUAGUGUUUGGCACUGCAAUGCACAGUAAGUGGAAGGUAUAAAUUGGAUUUAUUUGCUUCAUUGGGGAAAAAAUUGUUAAUGCUACUAAAGUGUUGGUUUAUGGUAUGGUGUCAGUUCCCAAAAGUUGUCAGGGCAAGCUCUGACUUAAAACUGACAAGUUUGGUGGUCCACAGUGCUCAUGGCCAAAAAUGGUGCCUUAGGCUUUGUCACCCAGCUAGGCUUCAGCUGUGAGUCGCUGUUGUUUUUUAAUGCACAUGUUUCUUUGUGGGUUAGCUCAUUUGCUGGAACUGUCUCAUUCACCUGAAGUGCCCUUUGCCCAGCUUUUCACCCAGUGAAUUCCUGCACACCCUUCGAGGCCUAGACCUGGUGGCCUCUCCUUGGCUCCUCUAGGGAGGCUUCGUUUCUCCUUCCUGCGUUUUCCUGUAGCAGUUUUACAUGAUAUUAACGUGUAUUUUUAUAUGGUACCAUGUGCCAGGCAUGUUCUGAGUACUUUACAUGUACUCUUUACACACUCAUUUAGUCUUCACAGCAGCCUUAUGAGGUGAUUUCAUCAUUGUUGUUGUUAGCUCUGUUUUUCGGUUGAGGAAACCAAGUAGAAGAAUUAAGUGAUUUUCCUGAGGGCAAGCUGGGAUUUGAAACCAGAUGGGUGGCUCCAAAGUCUGUGUUCUUACUCACCGUGUUCUUUUGCGGCCUCAUUGCUUGGCACAGCACAUAUCACAUGUGUGCUCAUGCUCUCUUGCGGGUCACAUGGUGGGUACCCAGCAUAUACUAAGACUCGUUUAUAUAAGACACGGCUCCGUGUCUGAGUGCUUUGCUGUGUGUCAGGCAUUUUGUGUUAAGCACAUGCAUACCUUAUAAUGAUUCCUUUAAACAAAUGAACAAGGCAAUUUGUUAUCCCCAUUUUAUAAACAGGCAUACAUAUUCAGAGAGCUUAAUGAUGGCUGGCACAGAGUCGGCAUGCAAAUAUUUGCUGAGGACUCUAGAGAAAGUUCUGUGAGGACAGGGAUUUUUGUCCACUGUUAACUGCUUUAUCCCUGGCACCUCCAAGGGACCCGCUGCUUGAAAGGCACUCGGUACACAUUUCUUGAGCUAGGAUUUGAAGCCCGUUUGGGCUGACUACAAACCUAUGCUCUAACCAUUAUGCUAUACUUCUCCAAAGGCAUUCCCUUAGGGCUUUUUAAAUGUACAAAUUAUUUAUAUUCCAUCUAUAUAUAAGGAGUCAAGAAAAAGCAAAAAUGAUGCCUGAAGAACUAACUCUUCUACUAAGGUGUUUAUGUUAGGUAAGACUUACAGUUACAAAUGAAACAAGACAGCCUCAAACUAGCUUAAGCAAAAAGGUGAAUUUAUGAUAAGGUUACUGAGGUGUCUCAUCAAAUUUAAGGACAGAAAAGCAUCAAGGCCCCAGGUACAACCAGUACCACCUACUGUGGUGUUGUGGGGUCUCCCUCACUUUUCUCUCUGCAAAGUGGCUUUCUCUAUGUGGUGGGAGACAGGGCCACCAGUGUCACCUAAGCUUUACAUCUUCCAGCUUUUACAUCUGACAGAGAUGAUGCUGAUGCUUUCUCUGGUUCUAAGUUCAAAGGUGCCAGGACAUCUCACACCCAUUAGGAUGGGUUCUAUGAGAAAACCAGGAAAUAACAAGUGAAAGAUUGGAAUCCAUGUCCACUGUUGGUGGGAAAAUAGAAUGGUGCAGCCACUAUGGAAAACAGUUUGGAGGUUUCUCAAAAUAUCAAAAAUUGAACCACCGUAUGAUCCAGUAAUUCCACUUCUAGAUAUAUACCUGAAAGAAUGGAAAGCAGGUUCUUUUUACUUUAUUUUGUUUUAUUUUUUAUUUUAUUGAGUUAUGGUCAGUUUACAAUGUUGUGUCAAUUUCAGAAAGUAGGUUCUUGAAGAGAUUUUUGUACAUCCAUGUUCAUAGCAGCAAUAUUCAUAGUAGCCAGAAGGUUGAAAUAACCCCCAAGUGUCCAUCAAUAGAUAAGUGGCUAAACAAAAUGCAAUAUAUACAUACAAUGGAACAUUAUUCAGCAUUAAGAAGAAAAGAAAUUCCAUUGUAAAUUGACUAUACUUCAAAUAUAUAUUAUAUAUAUAUAUAUAUAUACACACACACACACACACACACAAAAUAAAAUUCAAACUGAGUAAAUUUGGGGGGGGAAGGAAAGAAAUUCUGACACAUACUGUAGCAUGGAUGAAACUUGAUAUUAUGCUAAAUAGGUCAGUCAAAAAAGAACAAAUACUGUGUGAUUCCACUUACAUGAGGUAUCUAAAGUCAAACUAAUAGAGACAGAAAGUAGAAUGGAGGUUGCCUUGGCCUGCAGCAAGGAGGAAAUGGGGAGUUGUUUAAUAAAUACAAAGUUUCAAUUUUGCAAGAUGAAAAAGCUCUGGAGAUUGGUUGCACAACAAUGUGAAAUGCUUAAUACUACUGAACUAUAUGCUUAAAAAUGGUUAAGAUCGUAAAUUUUAUGUGUAUUUUACCACAAUUAAAAAAAAAAAAAGUCCUAGGAAAGGGAUUCAUUAGCCCAGCUUGGGUCUGGCACUUACUCUGAGGCCCAUCAACCAGGCUAGGGAUGGAGUCUUGAAAUAAUAGGGCAGUUACCGUGGAAACUAAAUGCAUGGAAUGGAGGUGGAGUGAUUUUCAGAGGUAGGAUGUGUGUGAGUUGGUGGGAGGAAGGGCAACUGGACAGAUGAGCCAUGGGUAUUCACUGUGAAGUAGCUGCCUUCUAGUCAGCAAGACACUUGUUUUUCUGGCAGCAGGGGUGAUCUUAAGCUACGUCCAAACCACCUGGGUAGCACUUGCCAUUAUCCUCACCAUCAGACAUCUGUCAUAGUCACUCUGUGCAUAUUUAUAGCUCAGCACAUAGUUACGUAUUUCAUUAGUCUUUGCCAAAAAUCUUUUAAGUAUUUUCUACAAAUGAGGAAACAGACUCAUAGUAUUUAAGUGACUUCAUGUCAGGUUGGUGUCAUAUGUAAGGGACUGAAAACCAAUUUGAAUUAAUUUUGGUAUAAAGAAGGGUUUAUUGGCUCAUGGAACCAGACACCCAAGAAUAUGGCCGAUCACUGUAGAACCAUAUGAUAGAAUGGGGUUGGGGGAGAAGACAGUUUUCAGAAAAAAGGUUGGGAUGGGACUGAUGCUGAGUAGACCAAACAGUAGGUGUCCACAGCAGUGACACAGAGCAAAUGGUGGCUGAAGACAGAAGCCCAGGUCUUCCAGUCCUCAGUGGCACACACACUAACUGCUGAGUACUUUUCAUGUGAAAGGAAGGUCCUCUCUGUGCAGGGCCCCCAGGACACUGCACCUCAUGUGUGAGGCUGGGGUCAGCCUUUGAGUCACCAGAUAUGGGAUGAUGAGCCAACUGAAAGACCUGAAAGAAAACCAUUUAGGCCUGUGUCUUCUGUCUGAGCUUCCUUGUUAAUAUCAAGGGGCUUGAGGGAUAAAGACCUUUAUAUAAAUGUUAUCUGUGGAUUAAGAAGUGUCUGUGUCCUACUAGAUCCACAUAGUGAGGUAGAGUUGUGUGAAAACUGGUGGGUUCUUGAUGGCAGACAGAAGUGUCAGUCCACUCUCUUCAGACAUUCACAGUCAGAAUCCUCACAUGCUUUUUAGACACUACCUUCUUGAUAGCAAUACUCAUGCCUUUCAGUUGUUCUAAAUGUCAGCAUGUAGAGAGUACAGAAAAUUCAGUGAUCAUCUGGUUCAGUUGUUUUCAAACUGCUUUAGCUGUGGAUCCAUUUUUUUUCUUCCUCUACAGACACCUGAACUCCAAUAUAUAAUAUAGAUUGAAGCAAAGUGGGUUGGGGUCUGGGUGGAUCACAGGGGCCUCUGGACCCUCUGAUUCAGUCUUCUCCCCUGUAGAACACACUUUGAAAAUCACUUAUCUAGAUUAGCCAUUUUAUUUUGCAGAUGAAGAAACUGAGGCUCAGAGAGGUUAAGUGGGUCACCCACAACAAGCACAAAGAGUAGCAGAGCUGUGACUGGAACCCUGGUCUCCUGGUUUAGAAAUUGUAUUCUUUCUACUGCAUCAUACUGCUUUUAGCUAUUUUGAAUGAAUACUCCAACAGAGUAGUUGCAUUUUUCUUCAGGUGCACGAUAACUUGAACUAGACUAACACAAAGGUAAGUGGAGAACCUUGGGAGCCAAAUCCAGUAAACAGAUAAAAACUUUAUUAUUAGGAGCAUCUGUUUAAAUUAUUCAAAAGACUUAAUGAGUAUUUACUAUUCACCAUUUUAGGUGCUAGAGAUAGAUCAGCGAACAAGACAAUUCCUGUCUUCAGAGAAGUUCAGGUCUUCCAGGCUAUUUGAAUGGAUGUGAUAAAUGCUGUAAUAGAGGUAUUUGGGGUACAUGUUUGAUUGUACCUGACCCAAUUCAGAAGAGUCUGGGAAGGCUUUCUGAGGAAAUGAUAUCUGAGAAAACACCAGAGAAAGUGACAAGAGUGGGCCGGGUAGGGGAGUAUUAGGAGAAAGGCUGGAGAGGUCUCUAGAACUAGGUCAUAGAGGACCCUGUAAAUCAUUAACCCGAGAUAACAACAUCACAUGUAUGUGUUUACUGGAGAGACCGCUCUGAAUUGGCUGGAGACGGUGUAAAGGCAGUAGAGGCAGGGGGAUGGUUCGAGUAUUUACCAGGUAGGAUUUACAAGGCUUGAUGGUUGGUUAGAUUUUGAUGGUGAGGAAGUGAAAGAGGUCAAAAAUUGAGAGGUCAAGUUGAUUGAUAGUGGGUCCUUUGGCCAAGAUGGAGAGCAAUGGAGGAAGAGAGCAGAAUGGGGCUGAGGCAUCAGAUGAGCUCAGCUUGGGACUUGUUGAGAUUGAAGUGUCUGCAGAGAAUCCCAAUAGGAAGUACAGUAAGGAAUUGGAUAUUCAGGUUGAGCCCGGAGAGAAUUCUGGCCUGGAGAUAGGCAUCUCUUAAGUCAUCAGCACUGAUGGUGUUUGAAGCUGGGGGAGAUGAGGUCACUGGAGCAGGGGGUGUAGUGAGAAGAGGAACGGUCUAGAAGAGAACUUAACAAGCAUCAAUAGUUGCAUAAGAGGAGCUUGCAUCAGAAACUGAGGAGUAGCGAGGGAGGGGAGAAACCAGGAGGCAGGGAUCACGGAAGCAGAGUGGAAAGAGGUUUGAGAAGGGAGCAGUCAGCAGGGAAUAAUGUGUAGGGAGGCCCCAUACAAUAAGAAAUGAGAAGUAUUCAAGGGAUUUUAGUGAUAAGGACGUCUGUGGUAAUCUUGGCCAGAGAAGUUUCAGUUCAUGGUGAAAAAGUGGAAACCAUGCCUCAGUGGUCUGAGGAGUAAACUGGAGGAAAGAGAGUGGCCAUAGUGAGUGUAGUCUGAUCGAAGCUACCAAAGGGCGCAGAGAGCCAGUAGGAGGCUUGGGGCUGAUGGAAGCUGUUUUCCUUUAUUUCUGAGAGACUGUCACAUGUUUAAGUGCUCCUUGGAAGGGCUAGUAGUUCUAAGUACUAGAAAAGGUUUCCUCCUCUUGUGAAGGAUUUGGAGGAACAUCUGUACCAAUGUGACAGACCUCCUCCUUGACACCAUCUGUAGCUGGAGGUGGAAUGACCAGUUUAUCCUACUUUGUCCAGGACUUCCCUGGUGUUGGCACUGAAAAUGUCAUGUCCUGGGAGACCCCUCAGUCUGGGCAGACGAGGAUGGUUGGUUACCCUAGAUACAGACUUCCCUCCAUAAGAAUAAGUAAGAAAUAUUCUACAGUUGCAAAGAGGGUGACAUCAUUUCUCUGAAGAUUUAGAGGAACUGUCUACCUCAGAAAAAGACCUGUUGCAAGGAGCAGAAGAAAAGGUAGGCAGUACCUGAUGGAUGUUUAACAGACAUCAAAAAGAUGUACAUAAGGAAUAUAGAACCAGCAACCUUGCAAAUGGAAUCAUCUGUGAUAAGGAAGGAUUAGGAGGAGAUUAAAAAUGUGGCUGUUGAAUUAAAAACUGCAUGAAAGCAAUGAAUGCCAAGUUGAACACAGUUGAUCUGUUUAGUAAAGAAAACCAACCUCAGGACCCAAAGGACACUGAUAAAGCUAUGAAAAGAAGAUGAAAGAAGAGAUACGGAGAACAGAACAAUGAAAAAUGAAUUUUAAGAAUUCAAAAAUGAAUGGACUGAUAAAUAAUAAGUCAAAACACAUUGAGUGCUUCUUACUCUGUGGCAAGCACUUUUAUAAACAUGUGUGAACUCAUUUAAUAAUACCGUGGAAGCAGUACUAUUAUCCUCCCCAUUUUGCAUAUGGGGAGAUGGAAGCACAGAGAAGUCUAGCAACUUGUGCAAGUUUAUACAGGUAGGAAAUGAGGGGCUGUGAACCAGGUGGCUGGCUGCAAAGCCUUGUCUCUGAAGUGCUGUGCCUGGUGGUCUAACGCUGAAACUAAAUUACUCAGGCCUUUGUUUAGGGUUAUUUGGUGUCUCUUAUGUACCAGACUCAGUUUUGCUGCUGGGGAAAUACCGACGAGUGAGACAGACUAGCUCCCUGCUCAAAUAGAGCUUAUAUUCUAAUACGGAGAGAAAGAAAAUACACCAGUAAACAAACAAGGGAUGUCCAGCAAGUAUUAAGUCCUACUAAGAAAAAACUAAAGACCGGUUAGAGGGUAACUGGAGUUGUGUAUGUGUUGAGGUAGAUGUUACUACUUUAGAUGGGAUGGUCAGGGGAGACCCUCUGAGGAAAUGGCAUCGCCUGAGUCUGGAAUGAUGUGCAGUCAGCUAUGCAAAACUAUGGGGCAGAGGGAACAGCAAAUGCAAAGGCCCUCAGGUGGGACUGGAUUUGGCUUAUUCAAGGACCAGCAAGAAGUUCCCUCUGGCUACAGCAGAGUGAAGCAGGGAGAUUUGUAAAAGAUAAAGUCAGGGAAGUAAAUGUGUUAGGGCCUUGGUAAGGAAUUCGAAUUGCCCUUGGAAGGAGUUGAAGAGGUUUUUUUUUUUUUUAUUUGUGGUUUUAUCUGUUUGAUUUUAUCAGUGGAAGGAUAUAAUCUUGUUUGCAUGUUAAAGGAUAAAUCUGGCUGCUGUAUGGAGAACGGACUGGAAGAAUGUGGAAUGUGGAAGCAGGCAAAAGCCUAUCAGGAUGCUCUGACUAGGAGCUGGGCCUGAAGCUCAGAAGUUGUGGAUGGGUUAAUGGUAAUGUCAGCUGUUUCUCUGCCCUGGGGGAUCCCCUCUUCAGUUAUCUAAUCACAUCCACUAAUUUACAUAGAGAGGAAGGAUCUCUCUGUGAAAGAAGGAAUCAGAGAUUCCAAACCACUUUGAGAUAAGAAAUACCCCACCCUGCUGGGUUCUAGCUGAUUAGACCAGUGCAGGACCCAGGGCUGGGCCAGACUCCUUGAGAGUUUCAAACUGCAGCUCAAUCUUUCCUGGGCACAUUUAAACACUGAAAUGCAAUGUUUGGGAAUAUACACAAAACAAAUACUUGUUGUAUGAAUGGGUGCAUGGCAAAAAGAUCUGCAGAGAAGAAGCAUGUGUGUGUAUGUGAUGGAGGCCCAGACGAGGAGGAGAAGAGAAGGAAGAGAUUCCUGCUGACGUCCCAGUGCCGGGUUUCUGACCCUCCGCAGGUUGAAGGUGCUUCCUUGGGUUCCUGGACACCUCCAGCUUCUUAUUAAAGCCCUCAGUUUUGCUUAAAUGGACUUACUUUUUGUGCAGCUUAAGGACCCUGUUCCAGGGUGUGCACACUAGAAUAGCUCCUGUCCAGAUGGCCACACUGCUUUUCUGUGGCUGGUAUGGCCCUUCCACAGCCACACUAACUUAGGACUUUGUUACCUGUUUUUGUUUUUUUCCUAGUUUUAUGGGCCUAUAAUGCUGUCUUAAGGUAACUGAAUUUUGCAUUUAUUUUAUUCACUGAUAAGACCAUCGUUUUCCUGAGAUCACUAUAUAUUCAUCUUGUUUGGAGUUUAAGCCCUUUCUGAGUAGAAUCCAGUUUCACAUUUAUGUACUUUAUUCAGUUAUUCGGAAAAGAAACAUGUAUUUGGUCUUUGUGUUGUUUUCAUUGGUACACGUAUUUUUUCCACAUAUUCUUUCUUUCCUUUUUAUAUUGUACAGAAGAUAAAAUACAAAAAUUCAGUUACCGAGCAUCCUUUGACUUUGCACUAGAUGUCAGCCCUCGGUAUAGAGGAUGAGGAUGUCAGGGAUCUCCCUUCCCUUCUUUUGCUCACCCUUGGGAAGUGGUUUCCCUGGCCCUCCUCUCCUCUUGGGCCACAAGCCCUCCCAAUGGUUUCAUCUGCUCUCAGGCCUCAGCUCCCACUUGUUUUGCAGGAUGAGCAGGCUUUGGGUGUUUUGUUUUGUUUUGUUUUAAUGAUACAUAACUUUCACCCCAUGCACUUUGUAUUCAGAAUUUGAAUGUUCAACUUGACCCGUGGAAAAGUGCACUGAGAUAUAUCUGUCCCUGUCAGAAACACCUAGGUGCUGUCCAUAGGUACACCUGAGUUAAACUGGCUUGUGCAUUAGAGUUCAAAUAGACCGGUGGGAUAGGGUGAACCGUUGGGAUUAAUCCAGUAGAGCUCACCUACUUAGCCCUUUUCCCUGUGGGCUGCCCUGCAAGGCCCUGGCAGGUGUGAGGCUGCCUGUGCCACCAGAGGUGACUUACCAGUCACCUCUUUGGAAGAGUCAAGUCCGCUUCUGCCAUCUGGACUAAGUCUGUCACCCAUUCCAAAAAGGGGUUUGAGGAGGAUGCUGGGACUGGGUCUUAAGUGCUGAAUGGCUGCAUUUAGGAGAGACUUUUAACCCCAUAGAACAGUGUGAGCUAGAAAAGGAAAUCCACGUAUCUGGCCACAAGGAUCUCCCAACAGUUUCAGACCAGGGCCUGUGUACCCAGAUAGUGUCCAAGCUCCAUCGUAGGUUCCAGACCCUCCUCCAGGACAUUUCGCCUGGGCCCUUCAAGCGAUAUGUGCAAGCCUGAACACCCCACCCUCCCACUGUUCCCCAAAUUGCCCCUUCCUCACUGUUCCCAAUCCUGAUUAUAAUGAUCCCACUAGUAGCCCCAUCACCCAAGCCAAAAUCCCGACAGGCAUCCUCGACCCUUGCUGCGAUCCCUCCCUUUCCUGCUCGCAUAACUGUGUGGUCAUCAGGUCUUAACCACCUGUAUUUGUUUCCUAUUGCUUUUGAAUGGCUCAAAACACAACUUUAUUAGCUGACAGUUGUGGAGGUCAGAAGUGAGUUUUACGGGGCUAAAAUCAAGGUGUCAACAGGGCUGGUUUCCUCUGGAGUCUCUUGGGGGAAAAUCUGUUCCUGUCUCAACUUCUAGAGGCUGCCUACACUCCUUGGCUUAUGGCUGCAUCAGUCACUUCAAUCUCUGCCUUCCUCUCCCAUUGCCUUCCUCCUGCUACUCUAAUCUCCUGUCUUCCUCUUAAGGACCCUUGUGAUUUACAGAGGGCCCACCCAGAUAACCCAAGGUUAUCUCCCCACCUGCAGGUCCUUAACUUGAUCACAUCUGCUGAGUCUCUUUUGCCACACAAGGUGACAUUCACAGGUUCCAGUCACUAGCACGUGGCCGUGUCACACCAUUGUACCCACUUAACAUUCCUAUUCCAACUGUUCCAACUGUCUUAGCUCUUCAGGUCACAUUUAGGCUGUUAAAACCACCUCCUAAUUGGUCUCUGCCUCUGGUAGCAGCCCCUCCAAUCCAGUACCCUUUUAAUUACAUCUUGUAUGCCUCUCUCUCUUGGUUAAGUUUUUAUAGACUCCCCUUUACUCUCAGGAUAAAGUCUGAGCUCUGAGAUGCUGUACAAGGUCUUCUGUGGUUUUUUUGCUCAGUCCUUCAGCUGAAUCUCCCACCCACCCUCACAAAGCCACUUUGAAUUCUGCAAGACAGAAGAGCGUGUGUUACAGAGCUUCUGAGGCCAAGCAUCAGGCUUGAAUCCUAGCUCUACCAGUUCUGGGGCCAAUAACUUAACCAUUCUGUGCCCCAAUUUCAUCUUUUUAAAAAAAAUCUGGUUGUUGUGAUGAUUAAUAUUUUAAAAGUGCUUAUUAAAACAAUGCAUGGCACACAGUUAGCUUUUCUUCCAUCAUUCCAUAUACUUUCAGAGCUAUUGAUGCUGACACCCGUGUGUCCCUGGAAAUUCUUAUUCAUCCUUUCAAGGCUCAGCUCAGUACCAUCCGGCUGCACAAGCCUGCUUGCUGUCACCUCCCACCACAUGCCAGAGCUCUGAGAACUCUGCAGGCCUGAACUAGAGGCCCUAUCACAUUAUCUUUACCAUUAUCUGAUGACAUGUGUAGGAGGAAAAUGUCUUGAAAUAUGAAUAUUUGUGCUUUUGUUUUCCCCACUUCCCUAAUAUGUGACCUUCCCCCUAGUCCAUCAGAGGCAUUCACAUUGCCUCCAAGAAUUAGUAUUUCUAUAGCAAGAAUGUAAAGAGAAAGGGGAUGGGGUGGAAACGAGGUUUAGCUUUUCAACAUCCAGACUAAGCUUUAAAUAGUACCAAAAGCCAACUGGUGAGCUUUCUGGAGAACCCAAGAGGUGGUCCUAAAGGAAGCAGAGUGUGAAGUUUAUACCUUUAUAAUGCAUCUGCUCCAACUGUCUCUGCUCUUCAGUCCACAGUGAUGGACUGGUAAGAUCAUAGAAGGAUGCCCGGCCCAUCCUGCCCACGUGAAGGCUGGUCAGAGGUCACUUGGGUGGAGAACAGGGACAGGAGUUGAUCUUGAAGAUCAGAGUGGUCUGAGAUGGAAGCAAAAAUGUGGAGAGGAGCAGAGUCAGUGUCAAGAGACUGCCCAGCAGCAGGGCCAGGUUGUGUUGUAACAGCCAAGCCAACAUCGGUAACCAUCUGUGGCCCCUUGUUUGGGCACUGUUGUCACCUGUGCUAAGGAGCCACAAUCCCUGUUCUGCGCCUCACCUGCCAGUAAAGUCCUCUUGUCAGCUGCCUGCUGUUGCCCUUGAAUCACCCAGCAGAAGUGAUGCCCACCUAUCCUGUGCCCCAGCUGAGCCGUUUCCUAUGGACACCCACUUUCCAUAACAGCUCAGGAACCUUAUAAGCCUCGUAAAACAAAAGAUGGGAUCGUGACACCGUGUAUCAGUGGUGUGGGAAAGAAAACCACAGCACCUGCCCGUGGGCAGAACUGGAUAUUGAGACUGACCUGGUUCACACCCCAAGCCAGACAGCCCCUGGGAGGGCAGCAGGCACUGAGUUGGAUUCAUCUCUGUAUCCCUAACACACGGGUGGUGCUUGGUAGGCAUUUAUUAUAUUGAAAGAAUGAAUGAAAAUCACAGCCUAGUGAGGAAGACAAAUACAUAAACACAUAAUUAUAAUACAACCCAAGUGCUGAGAUAAAGGACUGAAUGUAGAAGAGGAAAAGAAUCUAUGGAUGUAGGGAUUUCUCAAGGCCACACCAGGACUAGUGCCCAAGUUUCUUGACCCCCACUCCAGAGUGCACCUGGCCCUUGGGGCAGGUCGAUGCUCUGGGCAACCUCUGCCUGCCCUGUGCUGCUGUCUCCGGGCACUAUGACAGGGUCCCUGGCCGUGCCCUCAGCCACAGCUGAUGGGCUCUGAGUGCACGGCCCAGAUCAGGGAAUGGGUUCUCCCUCCCCCGAUGCUGUUGUUGGGAUUCAGAGAUGCCUGUCCAUUUCCACUGCUCACUGUACUUGAGAACCAAGAGCUGGUCACGUUUGUCUGUGUGUUCAGAGAAGUGAAGGGCAGAGAGACCCAGAGAAGGGGGGAGGCCUACUGUUUGAUCCUUGUUCCUCUUGAGGCCUGGCUGCCCCUCCCUUUGGGUUCCAUGUGACACCUCUGAGGACUUGUAUUAAAUUCCUCUCUUCUACUCAGCUUGCCUGAAUGGUUUUUGUUCUGUGCAGCCAAGAGUCUUAGCUAACAUCAGCCUCAUUGAUGUCACCAUCACAGUCUCAGCAAACACUUCCACAGCUCCGACCCUGCCCCAGACUUUGUUCUGAGAGCUUUACAUGUAAUAACUUGUUAAAUCCCCAAAACAUUCCGAUGGGGGUAGGCACAACUAUUAUCCGUCGUUUUCAGAUGAGGAAGCUGAGGCACAGAGAAGUUAAGUAACUUGCCAUGGUCACACAGCUAGGAGGUAGUGGAACUGGCAUUCACGUCUAGACAGAGCCCAUGCCCAACACUGCAGUUUUAUCAUAUUUUGUUGAGCUGAAAUUUGUGUGUGUGUAUGUUUUUAACCCACUCUCCUGGAAGAAUGGAGUUCUAGAUGCCAAACACCAUGAGGAGCCCUGAAUGAGUCCCUUCUCCUGAAAUGAGGCUGAGGGCCCGGCUGGCUCCUUCUGUCUUACAGGUCCUGCCUCUCCCUUUGCCGGGCCUGGCAGAGGAAGCGCGGGAAGGAGCUGCUGGGCCGGGCCCAGGGCUUGGCAGCAAAGCUGCUUGUGCGCGGGAGGCCGGAGCCGCGCCCUGGCACCUGGCAGGCAGCCCAGCCCCCGCCGUUGAGAAAAUACCUGGAACAAAGGAGUCCUCCCGCCACAACUGGCCGCCUCUCCUCUGCCUGCAGCGCCUCAGCUGAGGAGUCUGACCCCUGGGCCGGGCCAGGUCGGGUCCUUACACGGCCUCGGGAAGCCGCAGGGAGGCCUCGAGGCCCGGCCUGGACCAGCUUCCUGGCUGCCCUGGGUUGGCGUCCCAGUGGGAGGCCUUCAUCUCACCCCAUUUUCCACCCAGGGGCUCCGCUGGGCUGCCUGGCCUGCCUGUUGCUGCUCUCUCUCCUCGUCAGGGUUUUCAGGGCCAGGAGGUCUGUCUCACAGCAAUGGCUGCUCCAAGCAGACUGGACAGAUGAGUCUGUGGGGGAAAACUAGUGGCCCUGCAGGGAAUGUGGGCACAGUCACCAACAGGCAUGUUGGGGAAUAAAUCCGGACUAGGGGCCUGAGAGAAUGAAAUGUGGAAAAGACUGGGCGCCCAAGGGUGGUGGUGUGGUUCUCAUCGGACAGAUCUUGAGCAAAGCACUACAAGUUCCUCAGAGGGGAGGUCCAGCCUCCAAAGGUGUGGCCAGCCUAUGACCUGCUCCUUCCCCUUCCUUCCUUCCUUGCGAGCGAGCCCUUUGGGGGCAUGGAUCUGGACCGGAGACCGCCCCACUGUAGCUCUUUCAUUCAAAUAGGGACUGGCCUGGGGUCAAGCCUUACCCCACCCUGUGCUCUAGUGAUCACUGCCAUCAGGCCCACUGCCAGCUCUUGUGGUGCUUAUGAUGACUCAGAAAAAGGAGCUAUUUCCUCUGAGUGGACACGGCCUUCCUCCGGGGCUCCCAGCAGUGCUAGGUGGAGCAGGGUGUGGAGCUGGACUCCAACCCCAACUUGCUUCUCGUCCACAUGAGCUUGUGCAGGCCCAACGUGCUUUCUCUUAUGCGGGGCAAAGCCUGUGAUGAUCAUCCCCGAACCAUGACCCUGGGCCCCUGAUUCCCAGGCCAAACCCUGCUCCCCUGACCUGGAUACUCCCUGGGCUGGAUAAAAGGAGGUCAUUCCAGAGGUGGUCCCUCUUCACUGGCCCAAACCAACUUUAGACAGCUGGGCAAGGACUUAGGAGGGAUCCUAGAAAAUGCUCCCAGCGCGCUAGUGGGAGCCUUCUUCCCAGGCAGCCCUCUGGCCCUAGAGUAGCUGCUGGAUGAGGGGACUCUCAGCCCUGUUAAUGGUCCCAAGGCUAUUCUGGGGGCAGAGUGCUGUCCAGGAGAUGCUCUGACCUCCAAUGUGUGAUUCUCUGGAAGAUCAGGCAGAGGUGACACUGAGCUGUCACCCACAGGCCUGGCUUUCUGCCCCCUGGGUUCACUGCUCAGUGCCCAGACCAGUAAGCCAUAGGCUCAGGGCCAACCUAUUUCUGCUUGUUCCAGUCCCCGUCAUUCACUGCAGGGCCCAGCGAAUAGUACCCUGUGCCCACUACAGGGCCAGCUCAGAGUGCCUCCUGAACAAAUGAAAGAGUGAAAGAAUCGUCCAAAUGAAGAGGCCCUCCUGAGGCAGGUGUGACUGCCAGGGCCUGGGGUCCCAGGAUCCCAGCCCCACCCUUCCUGCCGUGGGACUCCCUGAGCCUCACCUCUCACCGAAUGGGCAUAAAUGACACCCUCCUCCCUUGGUUACUUGUUUCCUUGGUUGGACAACUUCUUCUUAAUAAUAAAAAUAGCAACAAUAAUG